AUGAACGAAGUGCGGACGAACAGAUUGACAUUGAAUACCUGGGUACUGACAACUUUGGAAUUGGAGCGUAGAUUGAUCUCCAUCCUUUCCUACCUGCCUAAGACUGGUGGGGAGUUUGCAGCGCAACGCCCGGGCGUGGAAGAAGGUGGUCCUGGUCGAGUCACUGAUAAUUUUGAUGACGAUGAUGCCCGUAACGACGGCCUGGACGAAGAUGUCCCGCAGCAACAACCUGGAGAUAGUGCACGGGCAGGCGGACCUGGAUUCGUGGGCGACAUGAUUGAUCAUGAUGCGGAUUUGGUAGACGAGUCGAGAUGUGAACCGGAUGAGACGCCCGCUGAGAUGGGUGAUCGACUGGCGAUGCACUGGCGCCGUAUGAAGAGGGAAGGCUACGAGCACCUGUUCGACGUCUUCGAGAAAGCUGCCAUCAUUUCAUCGACGCUGGGACAGGACUACAACGCUCUUCUUGUACGGACCAAGGCCGGCUUGUCGUCUGGUGGCAAAGCUCCUCCAACGAAAUCCUGUGCGGAAGCUACAGUGAAAGACCUAGAGAGACGGUUCCAAGAGACGGCGCUUGCUUUGGGCGAGUCUACAGGUCGCUACUCUCAGCUCCGAAAACACGAGGAACAUGUCAGAUCGAAUGUCGCCCGCCUGGAAGCUGAACAACCGGCAGCAUCAAAGCACUUGGAGGAUACACGAAUUGCUUGCCAGGAGCAGAGUGAGAGGAUGGAAAAUUUGCAGAGUGCUUCUGUCAACGUGGGAACAACGAGUCCCAGCAACUAUCUCGACCUCCUGCCUUCUUUGCCCCCAGCGGUGUUGGCGCAGAUCAUCCAACAGGCUUCGGCUCUGCUUACCACGAUGGGUACGGGACCACAGCAACCGCCGAUUUCAACGCAGGCAUUACAACGAGAUUCCGGUUGCGAGCAAAUUCAUGAGCCAACACUUGAACAGAUAAUACCUGUGGACCUACGGUUACAGCCACCAGCGUCCAAGAUUAUUCAGGACGAUGCUCAUGAAACCAAGCAGCAACUACUUGGUACUAUCGCUGUGACAGAGGCACCAGCGGUAACGUCACCACGGAAAAGUGGUGCACUUGGAGGAGAAGAGACGUGCAAUGGCUUCAGACAACCAUUGCAUGUAUCCGCACCUUCAGCUCCACCUGUCCCGCUGGGAAUGAGCUUCCUUCAAGACUACGAUGGGCCCUUGGGUCAGGCCUUACAGGAGUAUUUUGCAUACCUCCAACAAAAGCCUACUCCUCCUGAGUCCCAAGCGACAUCGAGCGCACACAUGCACAAGUCGGGGCCUGGAGGGUCUCGGCCAGGCCUUGUUCAAUCUGGAACUGCCGGAGCACCACGUCUCGGCUCUCGCAUACCCGGGUAUCUCAAGCCAACGUCAAGCUCGAGCAUUCGCACACGGGAGACUAUUGCAAUGGCUACAAGCAGAGGCAGUGUACAUCAGCUAAAACAACCAGGGACGUUGAACAUGACUCGGCGACCCUCGGCACCAAUUCACGCAAGACGUCGCGGGCAAGGUCCGACACCUCGUGAAGUAUCAGGGAUGGGAGAGCGCCAACGAUUCGCUGAAGCAGAGAUCGACACCCUUCCACCUGCACCGAAGGGUAGGACAAGGCGGUUCAUCUGGGGCAGAGGCGUCGAUCAGCUUGUUCCUCCGCCUUCAAAUGCAAGCUUCCGGCCACCUGCACACAACUCGAAGUCGCAGCAGCCUGCCCAACCAAGUAUGGCUGGUACUGGGACACCUGGAGGAGCAUAUGAGCAAUUCCCAGGUCAAGCCGUCGACCCUUUCUGA